AGUACAUAAGCGAAUCGAUUAUGACAAAAGCUUAACAGGUUGGGAAAAAAUGGUUACUGCUAUAAAGGGAGUUUUAGUGAAAUGCGACGAGCCAACGAUGCAAAUAAUUCUGCUCAUGAAUGAAGGCAAAAAUUUUUUGAUAGAAAAAAUCAGUGACACAGUUUGCUUGUGUAAAGAAAAUGUAUACGACUUUUUGGAAAAAGAAGUGAUAAGACAGUUGGAGUACACAGAAAGACACGAAACGGAAGAAUA